AUGUGCCUGAGAAAAAGGCUCCUGUUUAACUGCUUGGGGAGGGGAAAGAUGGUCCUGCUGGUGAAUGUGAAGAGAAGGAGUGCAACCCGCGUGAGCAACUGCUACUUGAACGGUUUGGUUUACACGCGGGAGGAGGACAUAUACCGGAUAAACCAGGUGGGGCGGGCCGCGGGGAAGCCCAGCGUGGGGGAAGCGGCCAGUAGGUCGGUCGAUGGGUCAGCAGAUGUUGCAACUGUUGGGUCAACCGACGUGUCGAACGAGGCGAGCAUCAUCUCGAACAGCCUGUUGGACAGCCCCGCGGAUGAGCGCAGCGGCGCGGAAGGGGGGAACAACUGCACGAUGCCCCGCACCCAGUUCGAGCCAUCCGACUACGAAUUGCAGAUGUAUAAGAACAAGUGGAAUAUCCCCAUUUAUUGGGUAAAAAAAUUGGAGAGGCUAAAAAAUAUCAACGCCAUUAAUUGUGUGGAGCAUCUGAAGGAUGAUAAUUUGCUCUACUUUGAUAAUUACAAAAAUAAGGGGUUGCUGAAAUUUUUAAAUGAAGAAAAAAAGAAGCACAGCAAUUGCAUAAUUCUGGUUAGGGUUGGAGAUUUUUAUGAGACAUAUGGGCUGGACUGCAUAUUCCUAAUCGAAUUUUUGAAUAUAAAAAAAAUGAGCAACAAAUUGUCAUGUGGGUUUAUAAAAACGAGCAUUAAUAAAGCUCUUCAUAUCCUCACUAGCAACAAUUUAAAUAUCUGCGUGUAUGAGGAGAUGAAUGAGAAAUCUUUGAAGAUGAAGAGGAGGUACCUUUCUCAAAUCGUAACCCCGGAGUUUCCCAUUUACCUGAACAACAUACAGUACUGCCAGGGGGAGAGCAACAACAUGGUUGAGUCGGCAGACAAAGGGAGCAACCUCUUUUUCCAAUCGUACGACUUGGAGGACCACUUCGUGGUGAAGGAAAUCGUGUGCAUUUACAUCGAAAGUAAGAACGUUUUUUCGCUGUGCAAAAUUAACCUCAGCUUGAAGACGAUUUCUAUUUUUGACCACAUAAGCUUCGACGUCCUCAAUGUAUAUUUGAAGAACACGCAUUUUUUAAAGGCGUACAUCCAUCAGCACCAGAACUCCAGCUUCACCAGCAAGAUUACGCAGCUGUUUCGGGUGGAGAAUUACUACCUGUUUAGCAACUUCCCGAGCAGCCUGCGCUUCCACCUGUUCGUUUUGGACAAGCUCAAGCGGCAGAUAAACGUGGGCGGCCUCUUCAGGCUCAUUCGGAACAAGAGUGUGUUCCGCGUGGGGGGAGUUAGCGGUAGUGGUAGCGCCGUAAGGGGUGAUAACGGUAGCGGUAGCGGUGUGAGGAGUGAUAGCGGUAGCACCGUAAGGGGUGACAGCAACCUGGGGGAUGACAGCUAUGCGAGGAGUGACGGCGGCCCCUCCGCGGCGGACUCCUCUGCGCGCACGUACUACUCGUAUUGCACCCCGCUGAACAUCUUCACGAGCUACAACAUGGGGGUGUACAAGCAGAGCCACUGCUACGAAAACAGAAGCAGCUACCUCUUCUACAACAUCGUGGACGUAGACAACCGGGACUCGAACAGCAUCAACAUCAGCGAGUCGAUGGAGUUCUUCAAAAACAUUUUCCUUUUCUACCCCCCCUUCGAGGUGACCAAACAUAUAAGGUACAUAAACGAGUACAUCCAGCGGAACCAGCAAAACUUAAUCAUCCCCAACGUUAGGCCCUUUAGAAACAGCAUCAUUGUCACUCUACUGUCUAACCUAAAAGCAGACCAUGCCACUUUGAGGAAGAUAUAUACCAAUGUGCAGGCCGUCCACAAGUGCAUGGACCGAUUCGAGUACCCCCUGCUGACGUCCAUUUUCCGAGUGAUGAAUCACCAGAACAGCUUCAAUCUAAACGUUGUAAAGUUUUACCAUUUGCUGAAGAGCAUAGAAAAUAUUUUGGCGGCCAAUUUGGAAUUCCACCCCUCCACUUUUUCCUACCGGUCUGAACUCCCCGCCUUUAACGAAUUCGUUUUUUACCACGAAAGUGAGGUGCACAAUUUGGUUAACGAGAAUUUGCUCAGCCAGCAGAAUGAGGAGGUGGCAGCGGCGAGGGGGGAUCUAUUCGAAGCCGUCCUUGGUGACUACGCCGAUGCGGAUGCAAAUGCGGAUGGUGGUGCGGGUGAUGGUGCGGGUGAUGGACAUACGGGGGAGGGGAAAAAGUACAACUUGGAGGGCCUGCAAAAAAGCAUCAAAGUGGACAACACGAAUGACGUUAUUGGGGUAAAGAGGAAGAAGAAGAAUUGCCAGUCUGCUCAUUUCUUUCACCCGCUGAAUAAAAAAUCGGACGUGAUGAAAAACGUCUAUGUGACUGAACAUGUGCAGAGGAGAGUCAGGAGCUACCUCUCCGCCAUCGACCGGAAGAGGCGCCGAAUCAACGACAUUAUUCGCGGCGUAAAUGUGCAGCUCUCCUCCUCCGUGCAUAUCCUCUCCUUCGCGUCUAACUUUCUGCAGAUUGUGCAGGCCCUCUACAACCACACGAUUAACAGCAUCAAGCGCAAGUGGAGCCUGCCCAUCUGCAAGCACCUAGCCGUGACGUACGCACAGCGGACCUUCGACAACAUGGAGGAGAAGCUGCACUACAUGCAGAGGUGCCUCUACGACGAGGAGGAAAACACAUCGGGGGGGAACACCCCAGGUGGAAGGAGCGAUCCUUUGGGCCAUCCAGAUGGAAGGAGCGAUCCUUUGGGCCAUCCAGAUGGAAGGAGCGACCCUUCGGACCAUCCACAUGGAAGGAGCGAUCCUGUGGGCCACCCAGAUGGGGAGCCCUUUAUCCAACUGAGCGAAGAGGAGGAGAAGCAAAUUUCACAAAAUGUAGACCCUGACUCAGUCGGAGAGGUAAAAAAAAUUUAUAAAAAAAAAAAUUACAUGAAUGAUAAUUUGACGUAUAUUUUAGGGGCCAAGCCGUACAACAUGAGUAAAGACAACUUAGUCAAAUACGAUAUUUUUUUAAAAAAGAAAAAGUUCAUUUUGCUGACUGGCAAAAAUAUGAGUGGGAAGACAACUCUGUCGUUUACGUUGCUGUGCAUCCUUUUUCUGGCCAACCUGGGCAUGUACGCGCCCUGCGAGGAGAAGAGCAUCGUUUCCAAGUUCCGCGAAUUCUACAGCUUGAAAAAUGUAAACUACCAAGAGCAGAUCGAGAAUAUGUCCCUCUUCAGGGAGCAGACCUACUACAUCAAUUCUAUAAUCGAGGAGAUAAAGGAAAACUGCCCCUUCUCCAGGCAGUCCUCGCGCGAUGGGGAAAUUUUCAUUCUGUUCGACGAGCCCUGCAUCGCGACGACGCCGGUUGACAACGCGGUGAUCAUCAGCGCGCUGUCGGACUACCUCCAAAACUACUGCGGAAUAAUAAUCACACACAACUACGACUUGCUGAGGAAAAUUUGCCUGAACGAAAAUGUCGUUUUUAAAAAAAUAAAUGAAAGAAUAAACUACUUGGCCACACAGACGUACGAGCAAAGGGCCACGCUGGAAAAUGGCGUUUGCAAAAAUAGCGAAGCGUUGGAAACGUGUAGACACACCAAGGUUGAUGGCAAGCUGCUGGACCUCUUAACCUUCUACCAACAGAAGUACAAACUGAUACAUAACUUAAGUGACGCCCUGUAUUACAAAUUUGUGGAGUACGUGAAAGGUAAAGAAGGACGGGGUGGAAAAGAAAGAAUGAACGAUUUUUUUGAACAUUGCUUGAAUGGCCCUUCGGAGGAAGGGAGAACACACAGGGGGGACGCUUCCGGGGGAGAGAAAGCGAUGGAUACAUUGGAGGGAGGCAGGUGGAAAAAUGUGACGCACUGUUUGGAAUUUUUGCGGAGAGGAGACCCCGAGGGGGGAGCUGCCAAACGGGGGGAUAAUUCAAAUGUGAGGGGGGAAGAGCCACAUGUUGGAGGCUUCCCCAACUGCAGUGACGAUCAAAACUUGGGGAGCGGCACUCUGGACGCGGAAGUGGUCCGCGAGCAGAUCCGCCAAAUGCAGGAAAAGGAACUUACCGUGGCGAUGGAACAAAUCGAAGAGGCAGUCAAAAGAAAGGUGUUUAAAAUUGCAAUGAAUGAGGAUGUCCCCAUUUUUUUUAAAAACAAAAGCGUUGUUUACAUUUUGUGCAUUUUCGCGAAAGAAAAAAAAAAGCCAUAUUUUUACAUUGGCAUAAGCGACAACAUUUCCGAGAGGUUGAAAUGCCACACGAGGAAUUUAUUAAACAAUAAAAAUCUUUUAAAAAAUGAAAAGAAAAAUAGCAUACUGAAUUAUAAAUUUGACAUGGACUCCUUCUACACACUUUUGUUUCACGUGGAAAACAAAAUGUUCGCCUCUAAGUACGAGCGCGAGUUAUCGGAUUUGCUGAAGGGCGGAUAUGACAUCUUGUCCAAGUGAUGGCGCACAGAAGUGUAGUCACGGCCGCGGCAAAUGCCAAUGCCAAUGCACCCUUUACUUUGAGGAAGACUUUUUCCCGCAGAGUGAAGGCCAAAAUUGGAUGGAACAACUCCUGCGGAGUUCCCCUAUUCGGGGGAUGUCCUCACUUGUAUGCCCCCCACUAGAGGUAGUAAAUCUCCGAAACGAAGUGGGAACACUCACUGUCGUGGCAUUUCUGCACGAACAAAUUUUUGAGGUGGUUAAAAACAACGUAUAUGUGAUUCGAUUUGUGUGCGCGGUUUUUAUUUUUACAAAAUUUGUUUUCCCUGAAAUGGAGAAUGUACUCUUCCGCGUUGCAUGUGAUGGAAUAUAUAAAAUAUUUUAUGAGCAAGAGGAGGGAGGAAUUUUUUUCAUUUUUCAUCUGUGUGCAUUUUGUAUAUUCAUCC